GGCUGGGGUGUUGCUAGGCCGCACUCGGCCCGCGGGGAGAGGCCGGUCCGAGGAGCUGGGCGGGUUGUGCCCAGCCCUGCCGGAGGGGGAGGGCCGGGGCCGGGCACCCCGCCCCGCUGCCGCCGGGGGGUGGCUGCCUAUGGCCCGGCGCCUCUCAGCCCUUCUCCCGUGCAGUCGGCUGCAGGCGCCGUGAGGAGGGAGGCUGGGCUGAGCUGAGCCGAGCCCGCCCCGCCGGACGCGGCCCGGCGGCCGAGCAGGAGGCGGCGGGCGGUGAGGGGACGCGACGGGGACAUGGCGGAGACCGGCUCCGUGCACGCCACCAGGUUCGAGGCGGCCGUGAAGGUGAUCCAGAGCCUGCCCAAAAAUGGUUCAUUCCAGCCAACGAAUGAAAUGAUGCUGAAGUUCUAUAGCUUUUAUAAGCAAGCAACCCAAGGACCCUGUAACAUCCCACGACCUGGAUUUUGGGAUCCAAUUGGUAGAUAUAAAUGGGAUGCUUGGAGUGCCUUGGGAGACAUGUCCAAAGAAGAAGCCAUGAUAGCCUAUGUUGAAGAAAUGAAGAAGAUUCUUGAGAGUAUGCCAAUGACGGACAAAGUUGAAGAAUUACUGCAAGUAAUAGGCCCGUUCUAUGAAAUAGUAGAAGAUAAAAAGAACAGAGGAUCUGACCUAACCUCAGUUCGAAUGGAGAAAGUCUCUAAGUAUUUGGAAGACCUGAGUAAUGUCAUGAAUUCUACUCCAAAUAUAAAGGCUGUGAAUGGGAAAGCUGAAAGUAGUGAUAGUGGAGCAGAAUCAGAAGAAGAAGGGCUUCGUGAAGAGGAAGAAAAAGAACUGCAGCUAAAUGGAAAGGACUAUAAGAAUGUGAAACCAGAAUCAGCAGCUGCUAAGGAUUUGGAAAGUAUUGUUACUAAUGGCUGUUACAAGGACAGCUUUAUCCCAGAUAUGCAGAAUGGCAUCCAGACCAAAUCUGCCCUGAAUGGCUUGAACCUGGAGGAAGAAAUAAAGAAAAUAGAGCCAAGCCUAGAAAUAGCUAAUAACAGUGCUCACCAAGGCGCAAAUGAAGAGAAUACUGAAGAGGUCUCAGCAACUCAGCACUUAACCAGUGAUUCAGACAGUGAAGUUUAUUGCGACUCUAUGGAACAACUUGGACUAGAAGAGCCCUUGGAGAUCAUCACUUCAGCUAAAGGAUCUUUAAAGCAUUCAUCCCAUUUCUUGGAUGUAGAUCACAGUCUUCUGUUAGAAAAUACGGAUUUUCCAAGGCGCACUUGCAUGACUUACGGAAAUCUCCAACUUGGAAACACUGUAGAGGGAGUAGCUCAAGAACAAGGUGAAGUCAAGUGUGGAGGAGAAGAUGGCAAAGCCAGUAAUGGGGGCCCUCACAAGGAGAAGAAGGGUGGAGAAAAAGCAGAUUUCUACAGUGUCAGAAGAGGGAGAGGUCAUAGACUUCAGCCUCUAGGAGAUGGUUCACAAGGUGGACAGAUGGGUAGUGGAGGUGAUGGAGAGCGCUGGGGAUCAGACAGAGGACCCAGGGGUAGCCUCAAUGAGCAGAUUGCAGUAGUGCUGAUGCGGUUGCAAGAAGACAUGCAGAAUGUCCUUCAGAGGUUGCAUAUGCUGGAGGCGGUUACAGCAUCACAGGCAAAAUCUGCAACGCUACAGUCAAAUUAUCAGCCUGCCUCCUCUGUCAAGAAACCAUCAUGGUGGCCCUUUGAAAUUUCUCCUGGUAUUUUAGCUUUUGCUAUUGUAUGGCCAUUUAUUGCCCAGUGGUUGGUACAUGUGUAUCUUCAAAGAAAGCGAAGCUUUCCUGUUUGUUUCUGAAGAAGUCUACCCAUAGCCAGAAUUUCAGGACUAUCUGCUUCUGCAUCACCUUUCCAUCCAGAGUUCCAUCUCCUUUAGCAAUGGGUAGGAAGUUGAUCAAGUACACUCAGAGAGAAAAUGGAAUUGCAAAACAAAGAGUCCUUCUCUGUGGUCCCAUUGCCAGUCAGCUUGUACUCUGUCAAGGUGUGUAAGCUUUUAGGCAGCAGCUGUACACAGAGCAUAUAUUGACCAUAUUCAUGUACUUUUGGCUUUAAAGUACAUAAACUGUCCUGGAGCAGAAACCAGGGGUCCAUGCUACCCUGUGAAGUUUUCUCAUCAUGAAGCUGUGAAGCCAUGACUCUUGAACUCUUUUGCACAGUGGAGCAGAUUCCAUGGAACUGGUGGAGAAAGGGUCUUCUGUAGCCAACAGCUUUGUGUUUAUCUCACGUGCUUGGGAAGGGGUAGCUCAGCUCACUCUUAGCACCCUACUCUAUGGCAUUCUGGCUAGUUUAGGUCUUCUUCUGAGUCUUUUAACAUGUCUAAUUCCUUUAUAGGAAACUUAAUGCUGAAAAUCUGGGUACUCAUAUUGGAGGCUUUACUGAAGAAAGCUUGAAAACCUGAAUCCUAAGGGAUCUAAAACCAGAUCACAGAUAGAAAUAUAUUUUUAAUAAUAAUUGAGAAUUGUUUAGAUUCAGCUCACAACUUUGGAACAUUCUGAUUGCAAUGUUUUCUGGAGUCCCUGGAAAACCAGCUCCUAAGUGUUGGUCUGUUGUGAGCUAGCAAACCACUAACUGAUGUGGUCAGGGACUGUUCUGAGGAAUUUCAUCUGCAGUUCAGAAUUCUUAGUGAUAUUUUGUAGUUCUCAGCGUAAGUUGUGCCAGUUCUGUAAACUUGCAGAUUGUUUUGUAACUUGAGAGGGCAAAUUUUCAGGUAUCUUGAAGCAAUGUUGUAUUCUAAUGGACUGGAAAUCAUUCACAUGUAAGCUUAAUUGAUUUGUUUAUUUAGACAAAUGAAAAAUCAUCUCAUGUGAAGGUACAUUAAACUAAUUUAUUGGUUCCUCUUCUAGAAAACUGAACUGAGAAUUCAUGACUUUGCUUAAAGACUGCUAGGAGAAGAUGGCCCUGGAAAGUGAAGGAAUUCUGAAUUCUCAUAGAAUCUCAGAAUCUGGGAUGAUGUUCCCUCUGUUACAGUAAUAUUUUGUACUACCUUUGAGCUAAACAUUUAAGGACUAACAUUAUUGAAACUUGAAUGAUUCACAGCUCCUAGGUUACAAAUAAAAUGAAUUUAUUAAUUCCAUCCUUAAAACCAUAUGAACAUUAAUUAUUUUGGAAUGUGCUUGUGGAUGGGCCUUCAGUAAUUACUGGUCUUGCUGAUGUCAGAUGAUGAAGAGAAUAUCAUCUUUGUAAAAGAAUAAGCGAAAAAUAUGUAAAACUGUCACUUUAAUAUAGAAAUAAUUACAAUCACAACAUCCCUGCCUGUUUUUCCACAGGGUUACAUAUUAUCAGAUGAAAGCACUAACAAAGUAUGAAUUCAAUACAUUGUAACCUGUUGGAAAAAUAUAAUACAGCUCUGAGGAAUUCAACUGGUUACUUCUGCUGCUAAACCAGUGUGGGGCAAAUUUCCAUGUAAAUUGGUUAGAAAUGAAGUUGAAUCCAUUGCUUAGCCUUUAAGAUUGUAAAGGAGAUUUGGGAAUUGAUAUAUUUUUUGAAAGUUAGAGCCAUUAAUAACAGGGACUGUCAAAUACAAGUUUGGAAACAGCUUGUGGUACAAGGGAUCCAUCUGAAGCGGCUGCACCUUGUAUUUUUGGUAAUUGUAUUCUUGUUGACAACAGCUUGUUUUAACUGAAGUACAUAGUUUAGGCACAAGGUGCUUUAAAAUGAGAUGCAAGCUAGCUCUGUAAAUAUAUCUCUAAGAUUUUAAAAGCUCAGUGCACUCAUUUUCUGUUGUCAAUUUAUGUCAAAUUAAAAUAAGAUUUAAUCUAGCCCUAAUCUGGACUUUUCCCAAAUCACAUUAUGAAAAAUACCAGUUCUGGUAUUUCUUUCUCUCUUACCCUUCUACUUCCUUUCCAAACAAAACUUUUCAGCUAAUUUUGGUGCCGAUUUUUUUUUUAACCAGGUAUUUAUUAACCAAUAUACAGAUAGAGUUACAACCUUGUGAAGUUUGCUUGAUUAAAGCAUGCUUUACACUUAAUUUUGAAAUAAAUUAAUAUAUAAAUUGUCUAAAUCUCUGGAAAAGGGAAAUGCACUAAAAUUAGAUUUGACAGAAAACUAAGACAUAAGACAUUCAUUUGAUAUAAAGAAUUACAUGAUAACAUAACCCAUGUUUAAGAUCUGAAUCCAGCAAUUUCACCAUGUUGUUGAUGUGCUUUCAUUUUCACCUGGACUACCUAUUACAAACAAUUUUUGAGAAAAGUUAUUUUUUGUCCUUCCUGAAAAUCUUUUAUAGUUUGGAAAACAUUUUUCAUACAAGCUAUACUGUAUAAAAAUGUAAUUACAGAAUUUAAUGUUUGUUUUACCAGAACAAUUUUAUUCUUAUUUUUAGUUAAGUGUGGAUUUUUUUUAAGAGUUUCUUUUCCCCUCUUCUGAUUUUCUUACUGUAAAGCUGAAUUAAAAAAUAAAAUGGUUGGAACCUCUUUGAAGACUGCUGUAACAAUAGGAUGGUUUUAUGUGCCAGAGAUGAGGUUUGGCAUGAGCUGUACUGAAAACUCAGGUUUGAACUAAGCUUAUGCUGGAAGUUCUGCAGUGACCUGAAGCCAUUGUGCCUGUAGCUUAAAGGUCCUAGAGGGAUUGACUUCUUAUCAUAAAAUGAUUAUGCAGGAAGGAUAUUCUAGCUUGAAGGUCACUUUAAAAAAAAAAACAAACACCUCCUGAAGCAGCAUGUCUUCUGACAGGACAAAGCACCCUGGAGUGCCUCCUCCCCCAGCUCAUAACCAUGUUACAUGUAGGUGUCUAGCUUUUAGAGAUGGUACAGACAUUCUCGCAGGUACUUAACUGUUAACUUCCCACUGAAACAAAUGUAGGCAUGUGCCAUCCUUGUUAUUUAUUCAUGUUUCAAUAAAUCAAUCCCUUAAUAUUUUGUA